AUGGCGCCACCGACCUUCUCUUGGCACAUCCUGCUGACGUUACUAGCAGUCAGCUGGCUCAAUCAAACGGUCAUCGCAAUAAGCAUAGUGUCGCCCCUCAAUGUGACGUACUAUGCAACGUCAUGCCCGCAAGUGCAUGAAGUGGUUAGGGAAAGGUUAGCGGUUGCGUUCAAAGAGGAUAGAACAGUGGCGGGCUCCGUGGCUCGGCUGCUCUUCCACGAUUGCUUUGUUGAGGGUUGCGACGCCUCUGUUCUCCUGAAUUCGACGGCCUCAAUCUCGGGCGAGAAGGACGCAUUUCAAAGCAUGACGCUGGCGGGAUUUGACGUUAUUGAUGACAUCAAGGCCCACAUAGAGACGGUUUGCCCUAGCACCGUGUCGUGCGCGGAUAUCGUUGCUCUCGCCAGUACCGAGUCAAUCUUCCAGUCUGGGGGGCCCAACAUCUCGAUGCCGCUGGGGCGCGUCGACGGCCGCGUUUCCUCCAAGGCGGCCGCGCUCGCGGCCAUGCCGAACGUAACGAUGAAUGUGACGGUUCUCAACGCGUCGUUUGCCGCCGUCGGGCUGACUCUGGGGGACAUGGUAAUUCUUUCUGGGGCCCAUACCUUCGGCAAAGCGCACUGCAGCAACGUGGUUGACCGUCUUCUACCGGUCGAUCCGACGCUCGACCCAGCCCUAGCGCAAAAUCUUACACAGCAGUGCAAUCCCCGGGUGAACGACCCGACGAUAACAGUGCCCCUCGACGUGGCCACGAAUGCGACCUUCGACAACCAGUACUACAAGAAUCUGCUCCAGGGGCGCGGCGUGCUGGCGUCCGAUGAGGUGCUCGCGCAUGACAAUCGGACGGUGAAGCUCGUCCAACGGAUGGCGACGAACGAGAGGGCCUUCUUCAAAAACUUUAGCCACGCGUGGGUGCGCAUGUCCAUGAUCGGCGUCAAAACGGGACAGGAAGGCGAGAUCCGCCGAAAUUGCGGAGUCGUCAACCGCCGCUGA